CAUUAAAGAUGUCUUGUUGUUAUCAUUAGAGAUAUAUAUUAGAGAACAUAGCACAAAUGACUAUUUAUGCAAGAAAUCCAUUGAUCCAUAGUUAUUUAGGGAAACUUGCUGAACGAAAUCAACCAGUGGAUUACUCACAAUGGUACAGUGUCAAUACAGAGAAACUCUCAAGAAAUGUUGCACUAAAAUUUGAAGAACAGAGUUUUGAUGCAGGAACUAAACGGUUUUUAGAUAAUUGUUACAAAAAGUCUGAUUAUAUCUUCACUCAGUUUUUUCAUAGCAUUGCUCGAACAUUUUUAGGAUGGUUCAUGUCUAUGACUACUGUAAAUGGGUUGUUAAAUAGAGGAUCAAUGUUUGUAUUUUCUGAGCAACAGUUUUUAAAUCUAUUGAAUGUGAAUGAUACAUGGCAUGCUGAAUCCUUUAUUGAUCUUGGAGCUGGAGAUGGUAAAGUUACUGAAGAUUUAUUGCAUCUUUUUGACAAAAAGUAUGCCACUGAACAAUCUCCUACUAUGCAAUGGAGACUUAAAGAAAAGGGUUUUGUGGUUCUUGACAUUGAUAAAUGGCAAAAGAAUGAAAAGUACUCAAUUAUAACAGCAUUGAAUCUUUUGGAUCGUAUAGACGAGCCAAUGAAACUUUUACAGGAAAUUCAUACUUCUUUACAACCAGAUGGAGUUGUUGUUCUUGCAAUAGUAUUACCUUACAAUCCAUGUUAUGAACGAGGACCAAGUUUCGGACCACCUUCUGAAGAACUACAGGUCAAAGGUAGAACUAUUGAAGCACAAAUUCAAAGUUUACACGAUGAUAUUUUUAAAGCUGUUGGAUUUGAAGUGAUUAAGUUUACUCGAUUGCCAUAUUUAUGUGAGGGAGAUUUGUAUAAUGAUUAUUUUGUUCUAAAUGAUAUUGUUUUUGUUUUAAAAAAAUCUAAAAACUUAUAAA